AUGUCAAAGUGGGGUUUGCUGGGUGCGGCCUUUUCCCUCCGUCCAAGCCUCCUGGCAGCGUGGAUUCGGAUCAAGGAGGUCGUGCAGAAGGAGGUUCUUGUGCAACCGCCGUCCAAGAAGCGCGUGCGCAAGACAGCAACGGUCGCCGGUCGUCUUUUGGCCAAGGAAACACUGGAAGCGAUGGCACAACCGGUGAAGAAGCCCAAGAAGGCAGCCAAGACGAAGAAGGAUCCGAUGGCAACGAAGACGAAGAGGGUGCCGUCUCCGGUGCCGGGUCCUGUGCAGCUGCAGUUCCAGUCUGCGUCGAAGCACGGUGAGGCAAACCAGCAGGAGGAAGUUGUGUGGGAGGCGAUAGUUUAA